AUGGACUCCUACGAGAAUGCAGUUCUUGAGAUGCCCUCGGUCUCGGUUGGGACUAAAUUCAGUCUUGGGGUGUCCACGCUAGUUGUCGUGUUGGUGGUACUUUUGGUGGCGCCGAGAGCUGUGCUUGAUGGUAUUGCCAAUGGAGUUCUAUCAACAACUUACCGUAUCCCCGCGACAGAUAGGAAGAGAUCCAUGCCAGGACCGGCAUAUACCUUCCCCAAUGGACAGAUGAUCGAUAAAUUCUUGGCUGCGAAGGCGAAGAGCUGGGAAUGGGAGGAGAAAUAUGGCAAGACGUAUCGCAUAUGGGCGGCGAACAUUCCGGAAGUAGUCAUCACAGACCCCAAAGACGUAGAAACCCUCUACCAACAAUCCACAAACCACAACAAAGCCCACCAGGCAAAUGCCGGCUGGUUGCUCACCCAGCUCCUCGGAUCCGGACUGGGUCUUAUCAACGUCCCCCGCUGGAACAUUCUCCGCAAGACUCUGGACCCGAUGUUCUCGCAUCGCACAGCCUUGCGAUUCCUGCAUGAGAGCCUCUACACAGGGGCCGAGGAAUACAUUGCGGGAAUCCACCGCUUUGCAUUACCAGCACACGAGCGGGAUUCGAAAGACAACAAGGGCUUCGUGAUCAACGCCACGCAGGCAUUGCAGCGAUAUCCGUUCUUCGAAGUCGCAUCUAUGUUUUACGGGAGAAUGAGCGAGGAUGAGCAGGAGCGGUUGUGGGAUCUGGGCCGUCGGUAUUCGCAGGUCUUUGCAGCCAUUGUGGCGGGUGGGGUUCAUCGGACGAAGUUUACUAAGUAUCUAGGAACGAAAGCGUAUAACAAUGCCCAGGAGUAUCAGCGCUUGUGGAAGCGGUUUAAUGCGGAUUUGUAUGAAGCCAGGAGGAAGAGUGCGCCUGAGACGCCGAUCGUGGUGCUGACAGAGGCGGCAGAACGGGGCGAGUUGACAAGCAAUGAGGUGACGGAUACCAUUGCGGAGUCGACCUUUGCGAACUUGGAUAUCGUAACGCAUGUGAUCUCUUCAUGUAUUAUUCUCCUGGCCGAUUCCCAAAAGGUCCAGGAUGAUCUACUAGAAGAGAUGGGGCGUAACCAAGAAAGCAAGGAGGAGUAUAUUGCGCGGAAGGAUACACUGCUUCACUAUUGUCUCUUGGAGUCGUUGCGCCUGAGGCCGGUUCUAUCAUUCACAUUCCCUGAGAACCCUCCACGAGAAAAAGUACUCGGCAACUUCAUCGUCCCCAAAAAUACCACCGUCAUCGUGGACGCAUUCGCCAUCAACAUCCGGAAUCCAUUCUGGGGGCCUGAUAACCGCGCCUAUAGACCAAGCCGAUUCGAGGGGGUGAAGCAAAGCCAGUUGCGGUACAACCUGGCGACAUUUGGCUACGGACCGAGAAAAUGUCUUGGUCAGCAUAUAGCCGAUAAGAUUAUCAAGUCUGUUGUGUUUCACCUUUUCAGCAAGUAUCGGGUGUCGCUGCAACCGAUGCAAGCUAUUGAGGGAGAUUUCAAGGUUGAUAAGACGAGUUGGGUGGCGUUGUAUGAUGUGGAUUUGAGAUUGGAAGACAGGGUUGUGGAGAAGGGAGAUUCUUAA